AUGAGAAGCCUGCCCCCAGCUCUGGUGGCUGAAGUCCGCUAUGCCUUUCAGUCCUGCUCUAGGCAGUAUACUGCCUCCAGAAGGACCCAGUUCAGCACCCUGCAUGCAAGGCUAAAAAAAGAUUCCCAGCACCCCAAGAGCGACAAUGUUCCCAUCCAAGUGGUCCACAGCCAGCUGCAGGCUCAGAAAACGAGCCUCCCUCGACCGUUGAUACCGCCAGCCCCAAGAGCAUCGGAGAGCAAGGAACUGGUCCCCCAGGAAGAGCAGGAAAGGACUCUCGACACAGGCCGCAAGGUCGAGGUACCGUUCAAGGUCAUUCCGAAGGCCGAGAUCGCUCCAAACUUGACCCUGUCUCCCAAAGAACGGCUCCAUAUUGAGCAGUUGACAAGGCGACUACCUCCCCGGCCCGAACCCAAGGUGUACAAGAAGAGAUUACGCAUCUAUACGGCUGGCAACGGGAGGAUAUAUAUGCUCACCUUCCUUCGUUUCACCACGAUAGCCGCCCUGACUUUUGUUACCGUCAUCGUGGCCCCAGCCCACUGGGUUAGUGGGAGUUCAUUGUGGACUGUAGCUGGCAUAUGGCUGGCAGGCUUGACGCCGUUCAUCUUCGUAAACUGGGCGUUGAGACCAAUGGUGACGGAGAUCUUCCUUCGGCUUCCAGCAUCGGCUCAGACAUCCCCCAAAGUAGCCAUGGCUUAUGCCAAAAGCCUACCGGGGGAUGCGACACUGGACCUCAGGUUCAUGCGAUCAUUCACUAUCACGGAUGUAGUGACAUUGAGGAUCGCCAACACGAGACCGAUGAGAAGCCUCUUUCGGCCCGUUAGCUUUGAAUGGGUUGGACCGAUGGUGGAACGCGGUGGGUUCCUAAGACCGAACCCGACUCAGUUCUAUGUACGGCCUGAAUCGGCGAGUGGAAGAGCAGCAAGGGAUGUCACUCCGGGGAUCUGGAGCAAAGUGUACGAGAGACUUACUGGGGUCGAAAGCAACGCAGUGUCCAAAUGGCGGCGAUGA